CCUAGGGUGCACAAUAGAGCUGAAGGGCCCCCGGGCGGUUUCAGCGUCCCUCGCCCGCCAACGACGAGCACGCACGGCUCCAAUGCAUUGCCGGACAUUACGCAGAUGGUUUUUGGUUCGUCAGAACGCGCCUCCGAACGAGCUGAACGUUUUACUUAGGACGUCACCCGAACUUGAUGCUGAUGCGGUCAGACUUCAGCGUCAGUGGAAGAUUCGGACGCGACCCUGUGCAAGUAACCCCGCUCCUAUUUGCCCCGACAAGCAGGUGGUGUCUGAGGUCCAGCCUGGAAAAGCGUGGGGGAAAUGAGAAUAGCGGUUGACCCGAUGGGGUUGACGUCGCCAGUCUUUAAGACUCGCGUCGAGACACACAAGUUAUAUUUAAGGACGCGGCUCAGUCUUUGUUUUGUCGGCAAAGCUUGGCGCCUGCCUCGAUUUGGGCAGCUUCCCUGCUUCUCCGCGACUUUGUUCCUCCGGCCGUUGCUUGCCCGCACCUAGGGCCCGCACCUGCCGCUUCCGGAAGCUUCAAGGGCAACGGGAAUUUGGAGUUGACGUGACCAAGAAAAAGUGCCGCUGGACUACCGCUACGCACGCAGAUUGCAUCACAAAGCAAGAUGGCCGAGGUCGCUGCGUCUUCCGUGGUCCUCACCGAGGUGCCGGUCCAGAAGCCCACCUUUGUUCAGGGCAUCGAGUUGAACACCCUCACCCUCGAUGUCGCGCUGAAGACGCUUAACAUGAACCAGGCCGAGUUUGACGCGGUGAUGACUGCUAACGCUAACUGGGCCUGGCCCGGCUCGCUUGACGGCUGGAAGCUGUCUCAUGAUGCGAUCCGGUUUGACAUGGACAACCUGGCGGCCGGAUUCAGCAAGACGAAAGAGAUGCUGGCGAGCGGCAAGCCGCUGGCGGGCUGGCAGGUGACGGCCAUCCACGCUGUGACCAAGCACUUUUACCACGAGGUCCGCAUGCACCACGACCACGAGGAGGACAUCUUCUUCCCCUACCUGGAGAAGAAGGUCAAGGUGCCGCCCAAGAUGAGCAGCGACCACAAGUCGCUCGUGGAGCUGCUGGACCGCGUGCGGGACCUCGCGCUCAGCCUCAAGCCGGGGGCGCCCGAGGCGUGCCUGUCCACGGUUGAGGAGCUGCACAGCGCGCUGCUGCAGCUGCGCAAGGACAUGAAGGAGCACCUGGAGGAGGAGGAAAUCAUCGGCCUGCCGCUCAUGCGCAAGAACUUCACGUCCAAGGAGAUCUUAAUUCCCGAGAAGGAGCUCGUGGCUGACCUGAAGCCAAGCGACAUGGCCUGGUUCCUGCGCCCCAUGAAGACGGUGGAGGAGAAGCGUCAGGCGAUGUCACGCGUCGGCAUCCCCGACCUCAUCCAGACGCUGGUGAUGAUGCCGGCGGUGCGCAAGGACGAGGCGGGCCUGGUACGCAUGUACCGCGAGCUGGCGGCGGGUGAGCCCAUCGCGCCGCCCGCCAAGAAGGGCUUCCUGUGCUUCGCCGCGUAAGCGGCGGUUGCGCGAACAGGGCUUCAUGUGCUUCGCCGCGUAAGCGGUGGUUGCGCGAACAGGGCUUCAUGUGCUUCGCCGCGUAAGCGGCGGGUGCGCAAAUGUGGUUAUGCAGCUGGCGGUUUCAACGAAAGAGGGCUUGGCAGUUUUGGGCUGCUGUGGGGGGAGGAAUACAAAGCGCGCCGGCUGGGAGCGACAAUGUGGGGUAAGGAGGGCGUAUGCUGGCGUAUGUGUACACAGGAGUGGACGAAGCGCAUGGGCGCGAGGACAGAAGGCACAUAAGGCAACGCUUGGACUAUAUGUUGGUGUGACUAGCAUGCAUGAGGGUUCGUGACCCCUUUACUGUGACUGUGUGUGAUAUCUGUGAUUUCGGAGGACAGCCGCGGCACGUUCAUUCUUACUUGGUCCUAAUGCCACGGGCUUCGCGAUAUUGUAUGUGUAGUCCUUAUGCCUAAACUAAUGCCUAGGAUGUGAGUUGACGAGCGGUUCGGUUGCGAUGUGCGCGCGAACGGGAAGAAGGGAGGCACCCACGCAGACCUGCAUGCCUCACACAACGGCACAACGCAUCUCGACUCCACUCUGAGCACAUAAACGUCUUCGUCGAUUGCUUGUAGGACAUUUGGCAGCAAGACACUGAUACUCCGGUAUACACUGGUACUGUACUUACCGGAUAGCGCGGUCAUAUUGACACGACUUGUAUGGAUGCGGAUUACAACUUGUAUGAGCCUUAGAACCUUUUGUCAGGAGAUCCUGUAAUCAUAAGCUCUC